AUGAAUAAGGAGGCAACCACUGCUGCUGCUGGGGCAGCUGCAACGACAGGCACAGCUGCGUGUGCAGGUGCAGUGCCGUCAUCUGCAGCAGCAACGGAUUCAGCGGGUGCUGGCAGUGUCGGUGGCUGUUCCACAGAUGGCAGGGCUUCUGCAACAGGUGCAGGACGUGCACCAUCUGCUGCACCUGCGACCGCCGCCGUCCGAGCAGCAGCAGCAGCAGCGGCCCGUUCUGCAGGGGGGGGAGAGUCAGGAGGAAAACCGGCAGGAACAGUGGGUCACUUACCUCCGGUGCAGCAGCAGCGAACGCCUUGGCGAAGCAGCGCGGCUGGUGUUGGUUCAGCGGCCGUGCGAGUCGGAAACUUGCCGAUUCACAAGCACCGUGAAAAGAUCUUGGACCACAUCAACAACAACUUCAUAACUUGCAUCCAAGGUGAGACCGGGUGCGGUAAGAGUACGCAGGUGCCCAAGUUCCUUUUGGACCAGGACGCGGCGAUACAGAGGGCUUUGCAGGCAAUCAGGAGCGGCAAGGAGCCCCCGCCUUCAUCCAACAGCCUGCCGCUGCCAUCUCUCAAGGAUUAUCGGCCUCUCAAGUGCAUCGUGACUCAGCCCCGAAGGCUUGCGUGCAUUUCUCUGGCGCAGAGGGUUGCGCGUGAGUUGGGGGAGGAUACGGGGGGAGUUGUAGGCUACCGCAUUUCUGGCGAGAACAGGACCAGCCGCCGCACAAAAGUCUUCUUCAUGACCACUGGUUACUUGCUGCAGAUUCUCGUCAACGCGCAGCCUGCACUCUCCCACAUAUUGACAGAAGAGGAACUUAGCUUAGAGGCUGCUGGAAAGCUCGCCUUGCUGGAGAGGCGUCAGAAGCAGCAACAGCAGCAGCGUGGGGGCGAGCAAUCGGAGUUGAUGCGCACUGACAGGGGGGAAGGCGACUGUAGUGAGGGAUACUUGGACAGCGUGACUCAUGUAAUACUAGAUGAGGUCCAUGAGAGAGAUGUCGACGCGGACUUAUUAUCGUUGGUACUAAAGCUGCAGCUACGGAGCCGAGUAGGCCGACUGAAGGUGGUGGUGAUGAGCGCCACGAUGGAGGGCAAUUUGUUCUUUAACUACUUUUCAGAUAUACACCUCAAGCGGGUGACAUCAGGGGUUGAUGACUCAAAGGAGAGCGCAGAUGCGUCCUGCAGCUCCAAGUUUCCUGACAGCUUCGUGGCCAAAGAUGAAAAGCCUGCAUUACCCGCAGAUGCUCGCCAGGAGCAGCAGGAACAGAAGGAACAAGCGCCAGACGAGAGCCAUUAUCCUGAGAAGAUUUACGUAGGGGCUAAGCGCUUUCCUGUUCAGAUUCUUUACAUAGACGACUUGCUUCACAUGAAGUGCGAAGAGAAGAACCUCAGACCUGUGAGUAUUGAGCAGCUGUCCGGAGAUGCGCUGCUGAUAGAAGGCAAAGAGGAGCCAGAGAUGGACUCAGAGCAACAAACGGCCAUAAGGCAGCAGCAGCAGCAGCAAAAGCCGCAGACAGGCACUACCCCCGCCAAGCCCGCCGCAUUCAGCAGCAGCACAGCCACGGACGAUGCUGAGGGGGAACAAACGAAGGAGCAGCACAAGCAAGCAGAAGAACUGGACAUAAUCGGUGCUCUCCUGUCUCGCAAGGGACAUUCGAAGUCGAAUAUCGUCAGCCCAUAUUCCCUCGCUUAUCUUUCGGAG